UCUGCCUGAUACUACUGGUACCAAUUGCGUUACAAGCCACCGUCUCGAGAAACGGCUAGGGAUCAGGCAGAUAAAUUGAGCGGUCAACAAGGUGAGCUUGCAGUCGUAGCUGAGCUGCCACGACAUGCAAGAUCAUUCGUCUGAGAGCCAUGCUUUGCUUCCUUCCAUUGGGGCAUGCGCCUUUCGUCCUCUCUUGGGCCAACCGUUGAAUGUUUUCCCUCCACAGUACCAAUUAGGAUCACUGGCCAUAGUGCUGGUGGCAUUGUCAUGCGGAAAAUAUGAUGGCGUCCAAAGAAGAACAAGUCGAGCUGUUGCCUCAUUUGAGCAGACAAGAUGAUGAAGCGGAGCCACCGGGCAGCUGGAACACCAGCCAUGAAAAAGCUCCAGCGAACCGUAUUGAUCCUUCACUGGUCGGAAGCGAACCUGAAGAUGGGGAGCUGGAGGAAAGGACUAUAUGGCUGGUGGCACGCCAUAUGUACUGCAGCCACUUUUUGUCAAGAUGGGGCGACAGGAUGUGGGAGUUUGCGGUUGCCCUCUUCAUGAUCAGAAUAUGGAAGGACUCCCUAAUCCUGACGGCCCUGUAUGGCCUCGUGGAAGCAAGCUCCGUGGCUGUCUUUGGGGUCUUUGUUGGCAAGUGGGUUGACCGCAAUCCACGCAUGAAGGUGGUGCGGCUCUCUAUUGCUAUCCAGAACGCAUCCAUGAUAGGUGCAGCAGUUGGCGUCAUCUUGCUCUUGCUGGAAUCUGCACCGCAGGGCCCUGCUUUUAUCUCUCUAGUGUUCCUGGUCAAUCUUCUGGGAGGGGUGCAGGCCCUUGCAGGGCUCGCAAACAACAUCGCAGUCGAGCGGGACUGGGUAGUGGUGGUGAGCAGCCAAGCGGUCCCUUCCAUGCGGGGCACCGUCCUCUCCUCUCUCAACUCGACUAUGCGCCGCAUCGAUCUCAGCUGCAAGUUGCUGGCUCCCGUCGCGGCCGGUCUCCUCAUGAGCCUCAAGUCCACCAUCUCGGCAGCCGUGUUCAUCGCCGUUUGGAAUGCUCUCUCAACGUUUGGAGAGUACUACUUCUUGCACAUUGUCUACCAAAAGGUGCCGGCACUGUCAGAGAAAGCGGUCCUGAGUUCCGAGCGAACUUCUUCUGCCCUAGAGCCCGAUUCUGAAGCAGGGGAUCUCGAAGAGGAAGCGCCGGAUAGUGAAGCGGGUCUUUCGAGACUGAGGGGGGAGUCACGGGCACGGUGGUUAGAGGUGGUUAGAAGCGGACUAAGUGACAUAUUGACGCCGCUGCGGAGCUUUGCGAGCGGAUGGCGCCUGUACGCAAAGCAGGAGACAGCGCUGGCAGGGGUCGCGCUGGCGCUGCUCUACUUCACCGUUCUUAGCUUCGGCUCCAUGAUGACGGCGGUGCUGAGCUGGCGCGGCAUCUCUCCCUUCACGCUGGGCCUUGCUCGCGCCGUGGCGGCCCUGGUUGGGAUAGUAGCAACAGUGUGCUACCCAGUGUGGCAUCGGCGGGUACAGGGCCUCCGGACCGGGCUGCGCGCUAUCUGGUUGCAGUGGACGUUCCUUCUGCCUUGCCUGGUCGCGAUUUGGGUUGCGAACCAGACGCUCUCGUCCUGGCUGCUCAUCGCUGGCGUCACAUGCUCCCGCCUCGGGCUGUGGCUCUUCGACCUUUCCGUCACGCAGCUCAUGCAGGAGUCGAUCCCCGAGUGUGACCGGGGAGUCGUGGGCGGCGUCCAGAGCUCCCUGCAAGAGAUCAUGAGCACUGCCUCCUACCUGGCCGGGAUCCUGAUCAGCCACCCCCGAGAUUUUGGCAUCCUGAUCGCCGUCUCCUUCUUCAUGGUGUCCUCCGCCGCCGUUUUGUACACUGUCUUCUGCCGGCGCACCCGGGGCCACCUUUUCCACCUAGAAAAGCUCAAGAUACCCCUGCCCAUCUUCCACGGGGACUCGCAGUCAGAGACGCCUGUUGGGGGCGAGAUGCUGAGGCUGCGCACAAGUAGUAGCUUAUCUUCGCCAGCGGCUUAGAUACCCCUGCCCAUCUUCCACGGGGACUCGCAGUCAGAGACGCCUGUUGGGGGCGAGAUGCUGAGGCUGCGCACAAGUAGUAGCUUAACUUCACCAGCGGCUUAGGUUUUAACAGCGGGACGCAAUUAAGAGGACAAAUAGUCGAGUCUGGUGGGGUCCAACCGAGAACUUAGAACGGCAGGUCCAGCCUGUUGCAAGCGGCAGCUUAUGCUGGAUCCGGUCAUUUAAGAGGCACAGGCGCGAGAUGAUUACCUGUAGAGAGUACUAGCCGCUCGCUGUUGCAUAUAAAGCUGUUGGGUGAUAUGCAAUGCAUUGUUGGAGACAUUAAGGCUGGCUGGGCCCACAUUCACUGAAGCGGAUCGUAAUUGUCAUAUCCCAACUGAGGCGUCUCAAUGCAGAACUGGCCUUCC